CAUGAUCAUAGCCACAGGAGCCAGCCCGUACCCCCUCCACCGUCUGUGUUUGUUUAUGUUUAGGUGAGCUUGGCUACCCACUGCCACUGGAUCCCUGAUGGCUGCUGGCGACGGUAAACAGUAUGGCUUAAUUUUGCCAAAUAAAAAUAAAGGCCCUCAACCCCUUGGCACGAGGAAGCUCAAUCCCCUGCUGGACUCUGAUGAUGAGCUGGAACAAGAUGAUGAGGCGCCUCUUAAUUGGGUGGAAGCCUCUCUUAAGAAAUCAGCUGGCAAUUCAGGACAGCAAAGCUUGCAGAAACGCUUACUACGAGAGGCAUUGGAGGAAGAUGCUUCUGUGUUCCAGUAUGACGAGGUGUAUGACAAGAUGAAGGCCACCAAAAAUGCUGAAACUGCUGCAAGGAAACAGACAGCAGAGAAAAAGCCAAAAUACAUCCACAACAUCAUAAAACACGCUGAAAAACGUAAGCUAGAAGAUGAACGUCGUACAGAACGUAAAGUCCAAAAGGAAAGAGAUGAAGAGGGCGAAGAAUUUGCUGAUAAAGAAUCAUUUGUCACAGCUUCAUACCUCAAGAAGAUGGAGGAACUGAAGCAGGCUGAAGUUGAGGCCAAGUUGGAAGAGAUGCGAGAAGAAAAAAUUGAUGUGAUGAGACAUAAAAAUUUUGGUGUGUUUUACAAUCAUCUGUUCAAACAAAGGAUGGGUGACCUUGAAAUAAAAAAGGAACCAGACAGUGAAGAGGAAGGUAGCAAUGAAUUUGAGACUAUAAAGAAAAGAGAAGAUUCCAAGCGGCAGAAGCACUAUCGCACACAGCGAGACUUGAGUGAAUCACCAGAACGACAGAUGAGAGGCAGACCAAAGACUUUGAAACAGAGGAAGAUGAGCUCAGACUCUGAGGACGAAGAAAGAGUCGAAUCUUACAGAGACAGGAGAGACAAAUACAGAGCCAUGGGCGAAAGAAAGGAGGAAGUGAAGGGGAAAGACAGAGAGCGAGAUCGUGAUAGAGGGAGAGAAAGACAUCAGUCCCCAGGUAGGAGGAGAGAGAGAGAUAGAGGGGACAAAUCAAGAGAUAGAAAACGUGGAAGAGAUCGCUCCAAAGAACGCCAGAAGAACCAUAGAGGAAGGGACAGAUCACGUUCGCGAGACAGACAACGCAGACGCAGCAAAUCAAGGAGUCCUCACUCCAGGCGAGGCGAUGAAAAACGUAGAAGAGACAGCCACUCUGAUUCUCCACAAAAGAGGUCUAAGAGUAAAGAUAGGGUAAAGGUGAAAGAAGAACCACGAUCACCAAAUAGAAAGGAUAAAGCCAAUACAAAGGAGAAUAUAAAUGAUAAAGAGAAGAAAGAUAUAAAUGGUAAAGAGAAGAAAAACAUAAAUGAUAAAGAGAAGAAAGAUAAAACCAAUAAUGAUAAAGUAUCCAGUGAAGGCAAUGUCAAAGUAAAGAAAGAGAAUGAGUUAGAAGAAAAAGAGAAGAGACUUGACAGAAUACGUAAACUCUUCACCAAGAGAACUGUUGGAGAAAAAUUUGAGCAAUCCCUUCAACGUUUUUAUCAAAGAAAAGCUGAGAGAGAGUCACAGGGGUAGUUGAGUGCAGUACAGGGCAGAAAGAAAUGUGUGGGAGAAAGAAAUAAUAAGUUGUGAGCAAUAUGUUACUGAUGAUGUAAUUCUGUAUGGUUUUAAAUAAAAAUUUUGAAACUCA